AUGAUCUCUACAAACAGAGUCCAAGGCUCCCUAUGGAAUUCUAAAGGGGAUGGGCACACCCUGAUUCUUUUUCUGCCUAAGAGGAUUCCUCUGGGUCGUGGUUCGACCCGGUUGUCUCGUGACUUUGAGGUGGGUAUGACAUGUUUCAUAGGGAGCCCCCAAAGACUCCUGGUGAAGAAGACACAUGCAUUAAGACUAACCCGGUUGAAGACAACAUGCGGGGCGGCCACUGAGCUUGAAGUACUCCAGUACUCGCGGGGCGGCCAGAGAUGUGGGUGCGGUUUUUCCAACACCGGGCGGAUGCCCAUGAGGAUUCCCGUGCAGCAGAUUAGCGGGCAGGAGACCAUCAUCGAGGUAGAGCCAGAUGUGACCAUCAAGUCAUUGAAGCAGCAGCUGGCAGCGUUGCAGUCUUCUUCUCUGGACGAACUCACGGGCCGGAUGACCAAGGUGGACCUGGUGGUCAAUGGCACAAAGUUGAAGAACAUGGAUGAUGAAACACUAACUGCGGCAGGAAUCUCGGACGAAGCAGAAGUGCAAGUCCUUUUCGCGAUAGAUUCUGUUGAGUGCUCUUGCAAAGAAUGCUCUGGUCGGGAUGCCCAGGACCUGCUAGCCGUAAGCAUCCCAGCGACUGCCGCAGUGAUUCAGUUCGAUGCCUUCAGGGGCUGCGCCUUGGCCUUUUGGCUGCGGGAGCCCACUUGUAGUGUCGCUGGACAGGUGGCCUUCGGUGCGUCUGUUCAAGAUCUACCCGCUUGGGCGACGACCGGGCUUUCCUGGGCACCUUUGAUGCCGUCUGCAGAGGAGGAAGGCUACUGGCUCCUGGAAAUCCUCUCGGUGUCAUUGGGAGGAGAUGUGAUCCAAUCUUGUGACCGAGAACCGAAUCCCUGUCGUGCUGCUGUGGACACCGGUAGCGGUGAUGUGCUGGGGCCCAAGGACAUUGUGGAUUCCUUGCUGCUGCGGCUUCAGAUCACAGAGGCAUGCAACCUCACGACCUUGCCCAAGAUCGAAUUCCGCAUGAAGGGCGUCGACGACAGGAGCCUCACCUUGACUUUGGAGCCAGCAGACUAUGCGGAAGACUGCCGACCUGCGCUCUUCUCAUCAACGCUGCCGCCAGAGAGGCCUCCAAUGUGGGUCUUGGGGCAACCCCUCUUGCGCAGCUACAUCUCGGUCUAUGACCUGCAGCAGAGGAGGGUCGGCUUCCAGCGAUCUUCUGCACGUCUUCAGCGCCCACCGCCAACACCCAAGCUCCGUGUUUCUAUCGUGCGGCCGCGGCCCGGUCCCUUGCGUGCUACCCACAUCGACAGCACUCCGCUGACCGCGGCCGCGGGGCCAAAGCACAAGCCAGCUCACGAGCGGGCAGCUCAGAUUGCUUUGAGCUUGGUGGGCCUACAAUCCACACGGCAGCCAGGUCGCAUGGAAUUGCACACUGGCACACCCCACAGAGUUGACCGCUACCCGAUUGGUGCCGAGAUGCAGCAUGAGCUGGUUGAAGUGCUGAAAACCUUGGACGAAGACAGCUGGGACGAUACCAGCAUCGACUCGCUGCUUGCUGGGGCCGACAGCAAUGGUGAUGGUGCUCUGCAAGUGGUUGAAUUUUUGAGCUGGAUAUUUGCAGAAAACGCCAGAACUUUCGACCUGGGCAAGAACUUUGGAGGUACUGUGGCCACUUCGUUGGUGGUCGCCGGCUGCUCGCGCGACAUCAACGGCACCUACGUUCAGAAGCUGGGCAGUAGUUACAAUCACCGCCCCACCUUUUUUUGCGCAGCCACCAAGAGGACGCUCUUCUACCACAGCGGCUAUGGUCGGUGGUCCAUUUAUUGGAAGCCCAGCCGAAAUGCCACUGCCCGGCUGAAGACCAAGCGCGCACCGCACAUGGCAAAUGAAAGCUGGGAAGUUUGGCAACUGGACAAGAAAGGUUAUGAGGAGGAACCAGGUAUGACCUGCGAACUGGAGAAGAAGACGGAUGAGGAACUGCUAGCUGAAGUGCCCAAAGCCGUCAAGGGUGGUAACUAUGGGCAUUUCAAAAAACAAGAGGAGCUCUUGAAUGGGCGGCCGGUGUAUUUCAGUGCGUCUGAGGACAACAUCGCCAGGAAACCUCUCUAUUUUGUUUAUGUCCAGAAGAAUGCUUGGAAACUUGAGAAUGUUUGGAUGCUGUGCGAAGAGGCUGAAAAUGACACCUAUGCCUGGCGCACAUCUGAGAAGACCUUCUGCUUUUCGCCUGAUCGGGCCUAUUGGCCCACCAGUUCCGAUUGGAAGGAGACCCUCUACGUGGAGGCGCUGUCCCUAAGUUUUGCAGAACGAGAGGUGAAAGAAGGAUGGAAGGAUCCUGACUUUCCGCAUUCUUCACAAAGUCUUGGAGAUAGAGUGCGAGAAUCUCUGGGACAGGAGCCUAUGUGGAAGCGAGCACCUGCUUUGACUGUCGACGAGCCGACCCUGUUUGGGGACAAUGCAGAGCCCGCAGAUAUUUGCCAAGGCCGCGUCGGAGACUGUUGGCUAAUUGCGGCAAUUGCCGCUGUGGCGGAGUUUCCUCAUUAUUUGGAAGAUUAUGUCUUUGGGAGGAAGGAGCUGGCUGAGGAUGGGAGGUAUGAGCUGCGAGCACUUUUGUGA